AUGUCUAACAUUGGUUUCAUUCUAUGUAUCACACCAUUGAGACAGAGCCAGCUGUUCUUGAUGUGGAGGGCUUCGCAAUCUGUCCAGAUUGUGGUAGCCAUGUAUCCUCAUCAAAUUCUCAUAUGCAAACAAGGUGUGCAAGAAACACUGGACAUGUUCCUGAUUACGUUAUGUGUGUGUGGUUUUCCCGACGCGCUUGAUCCUUGUUUGCGUGUUUCGCACUUUCACGGUCAUCCCCGUGCAAUGUGUAUCAACGAUUACUCACAUCCCGAUUGUCCACCCGCCACCAGCUCACCACCGCCAAGUGGAGCGACGUCCACGGUCGGUUUGCCGCCUCCUCAUUCUGUUCCUCCAUUGGUAAAUGGCUCCGAAGACCCUGCGCGCCAUAACCACUCGGUUUCCGCUUGA